AUGGUGGUGCCACAAAUAGAUUCAGAGCAAAGAGGAGAAGCAAGUUUGGGAUGGAAGAUGAGUUCCAUUUUGGAGAUGCUAAGUUGUGUCUGUGUGAUCUUCAGGAGAAUGUGUGAGACCAGAGCCCAGGUCGGAGGUCAGGAAAGAAGAUCAGGGGAACACAGCAUGAAGGUAGAGCUUGAAAGCCUGAUGAUGGAUGCCCUCACUGGUGAGAAGACAUGCAGGGAGUGGACUCAGGAGGGAACUCUGACACUUACCAAGGGAGUGGAGAAUAAGAAGCCCAUGAGAAGGAUGAAAAAGGAACAGCCAGGGAGAUUGGAAGAAAAUCAGGAGAGUGUGUGGUGCCACAGGAGCCAAAAGAGGAAAAAGUUCAGGAGAGAGGGAGUGGAAGUGGUUGACACUCUUGAGGUAGGUAAAGAGGUGGUGACAGAAGACAGCUCAGUGCUGUGGCCAGAGUGUGGUCAAUCGUGA